AUGGCCGUCGAGCAGAACAUUGCGCCUGCCAAGCUCAUCGACCGGUUCUCGCAUGACGGGCCGGGCAAAUGCCGCACUUCGGAAUGGCGCUUUGAGGUGCCCCUCAACCACAGCAAGCCUGACGAAGGGACGGUGCGCCUCUUUGCGCGCAGUAUUCACUGCGUACUGGGCGUCGACGAUCCGGAGCUCCCCUGGAUGCUGUACCUGCAGGGUGGCCCCGGCCUGGGCUGCAAGACCCCCCUGGAGUAUGCCUGGCUCCCUAGCAUCCUCGAGAAGGGCUACCGGGUCUUGUUCCUGGACGAACGUGGAACAGGGCAGAGCUCGCCCAUCACGGCCAAGACCCUGGCCCAGCAGGGCGAUCACAAGAAGCAGGCCGACCUGUUGAAGCGGUUCCGCGCCGACAACAUCGUCCGCGACUGUGAGGCGGUUCGGAAGCAUCUCUACCAGGAUGCGCCCGCCGACCAGAGCAAGUGGAGCGUCAUGGCGGCCAGUUUCGGCGGCUUCUGUGCCAUCUCCUAUGUCUCCAUGUUUCCCAACUCGUUAGUCGAAGUCUUUAUUGGGGGUGGACCUUGUCCGAUGGUCAACGAGCCUGGCCAGGUUAUCCCACGCUUGUUUGCGGUGGCCGCCCGACGAAAUGAAGUUUACUACAAGAAAUACCCGGAGGAUGUUGGCCGCGUCAAGCGGAUCAUCAAGUACUUGAAGGAGAACAAAGUCGCCUUGAGCAAGGGAACUCUCACUCCCGAGCGAUUCCAACAAUUGGGAGUCAUGCUGGGCUUGCACGGUGGAAUCGACUACAUUCACGGCGUCGUCCAGCGGACUGACAACGACCUGGACAUGUUCAAGUUUCUGACAGCCCCCACCCUGGACCUGAUUGAGAACUCCGGAAUGGCGCACAACGUCAUCUACAGUCUCCUCCAGGAACCAAUGUAUUGCCAAGGCAAAGCCGGCGGCUGGUGUGCGGACAAAUGCCGCAAGGCCGACCCUCGCUUCAGCCUCAACGAACGCAACGCCCAGAUCUGGUUCACCGGGGAGGCCAUCUUCUCCGACAUGUUCGAGUCCUACGAUGAGCUGAAAGACCUCAAGCCGGUCGCCGAGCUGCUGGCCCGCAGCAGCGACUGGGGGCAACUCUACAACGAGGCGCAACUCGCCCGGAACGAGGUCCCUGUCUACGUGGCCACCGCGGUGGAGGACAUGUACGUCAGUUACGAUCUGGGAUGCCACACUGCUUCCAAGGUCAAGAAUCUGCAGCAAGUCGUCAACAACACCUGGUACCACGACGCGGUGGAGACCAAGGCCUCCGAGGUGAUGCCCGCCUUGUUCGCCCUGAAAGAGGACCGGAUUGAUUGA